UCUGCUUGAGUCCUCCAAGGUUUAUCCAGAAUCAAAUAUGAACAUGAGGAGUUGGAAGGACGAGUUGUACACGUCUUUGAAGCAGGAUCAGAGAAUGGAGAAGAGAUUGAGGAACAGUCGGGAAUCGACUGAUGGAGAUGAUGGGAGAGGGAAUGAGACUAGAGGCUUGGAGAAGGAGAUUCUGGAUAAUUUGAAUGAGACCAUUGGACGGUUUGACAAUGAGAAGAAUGGUGAUGGCGAUGGAAAUGUCGAUGAGGGCACGGGAGAGGACACUUUCAGUGAGGAUUCCAUCCAGUGUACCACUCCCAGUUCGAAGGUGAAUGGAAAGGACACUAGUAACCAGGAAACAUUUAAUUCCUCGUGGGAUUCGGGUGUUGGAAUCGAUGUUGGAACUGGCAAUGGAUGGGUCAGAAUUCACACGGGAAUUGAGAGUAGUCUUGUCUAUCUCACUGUUGAUACCACUACCAAGGAUAUAUGCAGGGAUAUGCUGCUUGGUGAUGAAUUGGCGAUCUAUGUUCAGUAUGGGGGAGAAACAGGACGACGAAUGUCGCCGGAUGAGCGACCGCUUGAGUUACAGGAUGAAUUUCUGAAACAGCUGGGAUUUGAGGAAACUACCCGACGAGCACGACUCGGAGUUGAUCCUGAGUUACGUCAUCUCAUCGGUUUUCAUGUUGGACCAGUGGGACCUACCCCUGACCUUUUUGGUCACAGCCGUUCUGGAAAUGUUCUCAUCCUGAAAGGACUGGUUUUUCCACAGUGGAAAAAACGUGCUCUGGCUGUCAUCGGAUCCCGCCUCUUCCUCUAUCCUGGGUGUCCGGAGUCUCGACCAGAAUGGAUUGAGCUGAAUAGUGGUGCAGUGUGUUAUGCCCCAUCUCGGCUUGGCAAGCUCGUUCUGCGCGUCACUGGUUAUCCAAGGAUCAGCCAACAUCAACUGGAGGAUAGCCCAGAGCAAUUUAACGACGAUGGAGAGUCAUUGUCAUCGCAAUCCUCUCAUCAUCCUGACGCAAGACAUCUAUACCUGGGCUUUCACCAUCCAUGGGACAGGGAUUUGUGGCGGGGAUGGCUCAAACAGGCAAUUCACACGACAAAUGGCCCAAAGAAAUUGGACCUCAGCCGAACUGGACUCUGGCGAAUUCCAGAGAGCACCCUCGCAUUUUCUGGAGCUGAAGAAAUCCACCUGGGUGGAAAUAUGUUAUCAAAAACACAGAGCAAUCUCAUAAUUCUCAAGAGAUUUCACCGGCUACGGGCACUUCAACUCGAGCGAAACGAACUGAAAGCCAUCCCCUGGGAGAUACUCGAGCUCAACAAACUGACCUCGCUGGACCUUUCCGACAACAAAGUCCAGGAAGUAACUGGAGAGAUCCAUCGACUAGUCAAUUUGCAGGAGCUGGUACUUGAUCGUAAUGGGAUCAAGGAAUUACCGCCCGAAAUUGAACUUUUGAAGGAACUGAGGAGCAUCUCUCUGGCUGGAAAUAAAUUAACUAGUUUACCAUCAUUUCUGAAAAUGCGGGCACUCACUCUGGAUGUGCUCACGAAAAAUGAGACGGUUAAGCUGAAGGAUGAAAAAAAUAACCACAACAACCUCCACAAAGUGAAUCUCCGUAACAAUCAACUGAAAGGGAACAUAAUCCUCGGUAACUACGGGAAUUUAACCCAUUUGGACGUGAGUGAAAAUAGCAUCGAGAAAUUAGACGUCAGCGCUUUACAGGAAUUACAGAGUGCACGCUGUGCUCGUAAUUCUCUAACGGAAUUAACUCUGUGCGGAAGGAAUCUCGUGUCCCUCAUCGCUGGAAAUAAUAAAUUGAAGAGACUCACCAUUCAACCGGUGCCCACGAAUUUGGAACAUCUCGAUGUGUCUUACAACUGUCUAGAUGCAUUGCCAGAGUGGAUAUCUGAUUUGCCAGGAUUGCGUGCGCUCUUUGCAUCCCACAAUGAUCUCACAGCCCUGCCAGACCGCCUAUUAUCACAGCCAUCGAGGCUUGAAGUACUUCAUUUACCUCACAACAGAUUACAGGCCCUUCCACCCCCUCGAAAGCCCCUCAACAUCGUUCAUCUGACUCUGCAGGGUAAUGCAUUGACAGCAUUACCUAUUACCUUCUUCCAGAAUACCGAGAGGAUGAAGGUGCUGAAUCUAUCCAACAAUCGGCUCUCAGAACUUCCAUACACCGAGGAAGCUGCCAAAAAUCGUACGUCCCCAUCUCUUGAAAAACUUUACUUGACUGGUAAUUGUCUGACGGACGCUGCACUCGACGCCUUGGGAAAACUCUCAGCACUUCGUGUACUUCAUCUGGCCUACAAUGUCCUGGAUACUCUCCCUGAAAGCUGUAUCGCAUCGUGGCCCGAUUUGGAGGAGUUAGUACUGUCUGGCAACCGUCUGCAGUAUCUCCCGGACAAUGUUGCGAAUUUGCAGCAUCUGCGUGUACUGCGAGUCCACUCUAAUCGACUUUUGACCUGUCCAACAUUUAAUAAAACUAGGUCACUAAUGGUGCUUGAUCUAGCUCAUAAUCAGCUGGACAGAGUCAACCUGGCAACCCUUGUGCCCCCACAGCUUCAGUUUUUAGAUAUCUCCUGCAACUCGCGGCUUCACGUCGAUCCGAGACAAUUCCAGGUGUACAGGUCUCAGAGGCCUGUCUCUCUCAUCGAUGUUUCUGGGCAAAACCGACCUAGUUUACCUUCCCAUCCCCUCCAGCAGGAGGUUGUGAGUGCUGAGAAGGGCCCUGAGCAACCCUGGAGACUUGGUUUCUCCGAAACUGCAGGGAUGAGAGAAAAACUCUACAUCUCCCAGAUCCGAAUGCCCUCCUUCUGCAAUACGGAGGGCCUCUUCGGGAUCUUCGACGGUGGUACCAACCAAGAGGCCCCGUCAGCCCUCCAGGAGAUGAUUCCCCGAUUGCUCCUGGAGGAGCGAACAAUCAGAGAGACCUCCAAGGAGUACCUGAAGUACACUCUACUGGCGUCCCAUCGAGAAUUGAGGGAAAAAGGCCAGAAGUACGGUGUAGAUGCCACCCUCAUUCACAUAACUCGGCUCUCCACCCCCCAGACGUUCUCCAGGGCUCCAAAAAAGUACUCGUUGAGAAUUUCCUCCUGUGGAGAGACAAAAGCUGUCCUCUGCCGAGCAGCAGGUCCUCUUCUGCUUGCUCCUUCUAAGAAGCCACCACCAACCCAUCAGCUGGGUAAUGCAUCGAUGUUCCCUCUGGUUACACCUGAUCCCUCCACCGAGGAAGUUCACCUCGAAGAUGAUGACGAGUUCAUUAUCAUUGCAAAUAAAAAACUCUGGGAGGUUCUCACUAUUCAAGAGGCUGUCAGGGAGGCAAGAGCAGAGGCAUCUCCCGUUCUGGCAGCCAAACGUCUUCAGGAUCUCGCGCAGAGCUAUGGGGCUGAGGACAAUGUAAGCGUCAUUGUGGUGAGACUCACCGGAUCACCAUCUGGUGAUCUUGAUCAGCUGAUGAGAGAGUUACGUCAUGCUGUCACCAAGAGUCGACCCCAGAGCGAGGUAAAUUGCGCUUGUUCCUGCUGCUGUCCUCCAGCUGCUCAUAAACCUCCAGGUGCCUGUUGUUGUCAUGCAAAUGACGGUUUUUAUCUCAAUGGAGUUCUGAAAAAUAUUGUGAACCGAGGGAGCUCUCGUCCGGGUUCAGGGCGUUACUUCAAGAAUCCUGGAAAUCCGGAGAGCUCCAGUCCACCGUUCAGAGACGACAGAAGUUCUCCGAGUGGUCAGUCAGACCAGACAACAGACAGCACUUUCAAGACGAGGGGAACGUCCGGGAGAGUAUGGAUGGGAUCUGCUGCCUCCAGGGCAGCCUCCAAGAGCAGGCAAAAUAUCAUUGUCCAUGAAAACACCUGCAGGAAGGAGGAAGUUGGCUCUGAGAGGUCUGCAGCCCUCAGCGAGGAGCAGUUCAGAUGCUGGGAGUACAUGCUGGAGCAGAACACCCACAUGCUCUUCGACAAGGAGCUGGACACCAUCUCCAGGAUUCCAUUGAGGAGGGGACAGUCCAAGUCGACCCCUCAACUGGCUAAUCUCCCCUUUUUGUCCAAGCGAUUUGGCAGCGCCAGGUCCUUCCAUCCUCCACUUCCCAGGGCACCCAUGAUGAGAUUUGGGAGCGGGAGAAGAUUUCUGAAUGGGGGACCCAAUGCUGCUUAUUUUGGAAGCCUCCAGAGGCUCAUGCCUUAUAAUUUGGAAUAUGACUUUGCGGUCAUUCAAGAGAGACGAAUGGACUCCCUGGAGCAGGAUGCUUCCAGGAUGCAGCAGUACUGGGGUGUUGCCACCACAGAGUUGUAGAAAGAUACCACGAAAUUACGUUCGUUGGCGAUUCAUUUCUCCGUUUUUCAUAUACUCUGUGAAUUUUUUUAAAUAUUUUUUUUAUUCGAUAUAUUGAUGUACAUAAAUUCAAUAGCUUUAUUUUUUGGAAUAAAUUGGAUCAAAGCAUUCAGGUUUCAUCCAGUUUCCUGUCAUCUAGGAUUUAAUGGUGUCCAAAGUAAUUUCCAUUUUCAAUUUUUUCAGCAAUUUCGACUCCCUCGAUUUAGAUGAAUUGAAAAUGAAAAAAAAAAUCCUAUUCCGAAAAUAAUAAAUAAUUUAUAUUGAGCAAUCUUCCAAUUUACCGGACAGUAGAGCAAUUUGAAUUGUUGUUUGCAUUUAAUUAGCGAUAUACUGACGUUAAUUUUCAACAAAUCAUGAAUACACGUGGGUAAUGAGACAGAGUACUCCUGAAAAUGCAUUAUUUCCUCGUUCUUGCUGUUCUUGUACACAGCGAUAACGUUAUCUUAUUUGCACAUGGGUAUUCAAAUCGUCUGUCACCUUGCUACAGCAACAGAUAGAAUAAUUAUCCCAAAGUAAAUAAAAUACGUGGAAACAGGAAAAAACAAUUGCACAAU